AUGCCUCUCGACGACCGCAUACGGCAUUUGCCGAUCGACGAUAAUCGUCUACGACACUUGCCCCCAAUGGCUUCUUCACCACCCCCUCCGAAGAGAUACAAGUCAGAGUCUACGCCCGCCAGUGAUGCCGGUCGCUCAAGGUACUAUCACUCCCAGUCCGUUUCCACGAGUGAGCGGGCCUCCUCGCGACAAACCUCCACCGCCAUGGACAUUUAUGUCAUUACCGAUCGAGAUCCAUCGGAGAGGGACCGCGAUCGCGACAAGGAUCUUCGUGUUGGUCGUUUCACCAGUAAUGGCUCGGUCGCGUCUCAUUCAUCCCUCAUCUCACACGCCUCGCGCCCAUCACCACCGGUCAUCAUCAACAAUCGCAAAAUACCCGAGAAAUACCCCCCGGUAGAAGAGAAUGGACGCCUCUACCAUGGUUAUCACAAGGGCAUGUACUUCCUCCCUUGUGAUGAAACGGAACAGGACCGACUGGAUAUCUUCCACAAAGUCCUGACCGUCGCUCGCGCAUCGGAUGGGUUGAUUUAUGCGCCGCAUCCCAAUAAUUCGCGUAUUCUGGAUCUAGGUUGUGGGACGGGCCUCUGGUGUAUCGAGGUCGCCAAUAAAUACCCUGAUUCCUUUGUGGUCGGCACCGAUUUAUCACCCAUUCAACCGACCAAUCGGCCCAAAAAUUGCGACUUCCAUGCCCCAUUCGACUUUGAGGGGCCCUGGGCGAUGGGUGAGGAUUCCUGGGAUCUGAUCCACCUGCAGAUGGGAUCCGGGAGCGUGCAAAGCUGGCCAUCCCUGUACCGACGCAUCUUUGACCAUCUUCGUCCGGGGGCCUGGUUUGAACAAGUGGAAAUCGACUUUGAGCCUCGCUGCGACGACCGUUCGAUGGAUGGACUCGCCUUGCGUCACUGGUACAACGCCCUGAAACAUGCCAGCGAAGAACGGAAUCGACCGAUCGCACACAGCUCCCGCGAGGCCAUUCGCAACUUGCAAGAUGCGGGCUUUACGGAAAUUGACCACCAGAUAGUCGGGUUGCCGCUGAACCCCUGGCACAAGGAUGAGCACGAGCGCAAGGUGGCUCGGUGGUACAACCUGGCCAUGUCCGAGAGUAUUGAGGCUCUCAGCUUGGCCACCUUCUCCCGGACCUAUCAAUGGCCAGUCGAUAAAAUUCAGCGUAUCGCGACCGAUGUCAAGUCAGAAGCGUUCAACAAGGACAUUCACUGUUAUAACGUCCUCAAUAUCUACCAGGCGCGCAAGCCGCUUGCCAAUUAG